CAUCAAUAUAAUUUUGACCAUAAAACUGUAUACAUAUCCAAAUUGGGCACAUUGAGCAUUUGUUACAUUUUAUUUCAAGGUUUAACUAGUAUUCAAAAAUAAAUAAAAUAAAAUGUUACAACACAAACAUAUAAAAUUAAAUCAUUCUAUUUCCCUUUAAUUACUAAAAAGUAUAUUAAAUAUUAAUGUUUUAUGAAAUAAAAAUACUAAAUAAGCCAAUAAAUAUUAAGCACAUCCAUCAAUGAUGCACCAACCCUGUACAAAAUGACCAUCCCUGUUAAAAGUGAGCUCACUUCUUAGGAUAAUGACCAAUCAUAACCUUUCAAGUUUCAAUCCAGAAGCAGAGCGAGCUGCUCAAGCUCGGCAACUGGUUGGGACCUCCAGGGUCAGCCAUCAAGUCAAUGUGAAUCUUCUCCCCGCACCCGCACCCCCAUAAGGAUAAAAGGAUAUAUCCCCAAUUUUAUAUAUAAUUUGAACAGCCUCAUCCUAAUGUGCCUACUCAUAGUCUCCUACAAACAAAAAUGGCGGUGGCCGAGCUCAGAGGCGGCGGUCUCUGCACAGACAUGGGGAGCUUUUGCGGCCAAGUCCUCACCGGCCGGUGGUUCAUGGUCUUCGCCUCCCUUCUGAUCAUGUCCGUCGCCGGCGCCACCUACAUGUUCAGCCUCUACUCUAACGACAUCAAGUCCUCCCUCGGCUACGACCAAACCACCCUCAAUCUCCUCAGCUUCUUCAAAGACCUCGGCGGCAGCGUCGGCGUCAUCUCCGGCCUCAUCAACGAGGUCACGCCUCCGUGGGUGGUCCUCUCCAUUGGCGCCGCCAUGAACUUCCUCGGUUACUUCAUGAUUUGGCUCGCCGUCACCGCCCGUAUCCCCAAGCCCCAAGUCUGGCACAUGUGCUUCUAUAUCUUCAUCGGCGCAAACUCCCAGUCCUUCGCCAACACUGGCGCUCUAGUCACCGCCGUCAAGAACUUCCCCGAGAGCCGCGGCGCCGUUUUGGGCCUUCUCAAAGGCUUCGUCGGCCUCAGCGGCGCCAUUAUUUCUCAGCUCUACCACGCUUUCUACCACGACGACUCAAAGUCUCUCAUUCUACUAAUUGCCUGGCUUCCCGCCGCCGUUUCUUUCUCCUUCCUCAGAACUAUCAGGAUCAUGAAGGUCCUCCGACAGCCAGACGAGAUCAAGACUUUUUACCAUCUUCUGUACACAUCUCUCGGCCUUGCCGGUUUCCUUUUGCUCAUAAUAAUCUUACAAAACAAGCUCAGUUUUACCAGGUUAGAAUACGGCGCAACUGGCAGUGUUGUUCUUGUACUCCUCUUUAUUCCACUAGCUGUUGUUAUAAAAGAAGAGUUUUGUCUUCGGAAGAACAAAGCACUAGCUAAAAAUCCACCUUCCAUUGAGUCUCCGCCGCCUCCGCCACCUUCGCCGCCGCCGACGACCCUACCUCCCACGAAUUCGGAGACGGCGGCGAACUCCUGCACUGCCAACAUGUUCAACCCGCCUGCCAGAGGCGAGGACUACACCAUUCUCCAAGCCUUUUUCAGCGUGGACAUGCUGGUACUGUUCGUCGCGACGACGUUCGGCGUCGGUGGCACGCUGACGGCAAUUGACAACCUGGGCCAGAUCGGGAAGUCCCUGGGCUACCCGGAGCGUAGCAUCACCACGUUCGUCUCGCUGGUGAGCAUAUGGAACUACCUCGGACGCGUCGUUGCGGGCUUCGCCUCCGAAAUUUUCCUGACAAAGUACAAAAUCCCGCGCCCCCUAAUGCUAACACUGGUUCUGCUCAUCUCCUGCCUCGGCCACAUCCUCAUCGCCUUCGGGGUUCCCAAUUCGCUCUACUACGCCUCCGUGAUUCUGGGGUUCUGCUUCGGAGCGCAGUGGCCGUUGAUGUUCGCCAUCAUAUCGGAGAUCUUCGGUCUCAAGUACUACUCCACGCUGUACAAUUUCGGAUCGGUGGCAAGCCCGGUGGGGUUGUAUGUUUUAAACGUGAUGGUCGCAGGGCGUCUAUACGACAAGGAGGCUUUGAGGCAGAUGGAAGCUUUGGGGACGACGAGGAGGAAUGGGCAGGAUUUGAGCUGCACGGGGGUGAGGUGUUACCGCCUUUCGUUCAUUAUAAUAUCGGCGACGACGCUGGUCGGGUGUCUUAUUUCGUAUAUUUUAGUGGUUAGAACGAGAAAAUUUUACACGGGCGAUAUCUACAAAAAAUUUCGAGAGGGGAUUGAGACAUAUGGGGAGGCUCAUAGUCAUGUCACUGGUGUGCAAAAUGGCAUGAGUGUACCAUUGAGAGAAGUAGAUGCAGACACCGCAAAUGCCGCCGGAACUGACCACGGUGAUGCCGCGGGCGAUGUCAGCACAAAACACAACAAAAAACCAACGUAAAUUAUAGCCUGUAAUGAUGAUGGCGACAAUCAGUGGGCAAUAAUUUGCUUUUUCUAUUGUCUCCCUGGCCCUCUUUUGCAGUGAUUGGUUAACACAUAUUUACAUGCACCGGAUUUACUGUCGGCAAUGCGGCUUUUAUGGUUAGGGCGAAUUGAAUAAUUCCACCAUUUUUGGGGAUGGAUCUACAUAUGCACAUGAUAUUUGAAUAUUUAAUAAUUUAAAUUUGUAAA